UCCAGGCACCUGGUUAAUACAACCAAAAAUCCCUCUGGGAGCUCUAAAAGUCAAAUGCAUUUGUAAUCUACUAACUCACAAUUACUUAAUACCCCUUCUAGUUCUGCUCCUCCCUGCUUCGCCUGGCAAGGGAAGAGGGAGUGGACUGUGCUGCUGUCGCCUUAUGUGGCCUGCCCAUAAGGCGACAAAGACAGGCUGUGAUUGGCUGAGGUUGAGCCUUGGGCCAGUGCUCAUUUACUACGAGGAAGGCUGGCCUUUGUGAGUAGGUUCAGUGGGCAUUUCUUGGCUGGACAUCAUGCUGCAGAGAGGUCUCAGGUGGCUUGUGGGGCACCGACAGGCCGCACCCCUUCUCCAAACGCUGGCCGGCCAACACCUGCCACCCGGGUCAACCUGGAUGCCAGCCCAGCCCAUCAGCGUCUCGAGCAGCAGCCACCUCCAACCUGAUAAAAAGGAUUAUUCCCUCCCCAAUGCCAGCUGGAGCCCCAUCAUGGUGGAGAUGUACAAUGAGCUCAUGGAGAAGACUGUAGACGGGUCAUGGACAAGACUUCCAGGCUCCUGGCGCUCUAUGCAGUUCAUUAAAGAAGGAGACCUCGCUAAGAUUGCUAAAGCUGUCCCUGUCCGAAUGAUAGAAGACGCCCGCCUCUUUCUCAGGAUCACAGAGGUGGAGGGACUUGGCUUUGAGUAUGUCAUCUUCCACAAUGGCUCGGAGAAGAAGUGUGUCUGCUUGUUCCAGCCUGGGCCCUUCCUGGAGGGUCUGCCUGGGAUUCUCCACGGAGGUGCCCUGGGGACCAUGAUAGACACCACGCUUUUCAUGACAGCGUAUAACAGUGCCAAUGCAGUCUUCACAGGGACGAUGACCAUCGUCUUCAAGAGCCCGGUCAUCCUUGGCUCAGUGGUGAGGCUAGAGGCAAGAGUCACUGGCACAGAAGGAAGAAAGGUGUUUCUUUCUUGUGAAGCCCAGAGCAGCGACAGGACCACCGUCUUUGCUGAAGCUUCUGCCAUCUUCUUGCAAAUGAAAUGACACAGACACAAGGCACUGCAAGGCUCAUCUCCUGCUCUGGCAGCCAAGAAACAGGAAACCAAAGCCCCCAUUGGAGCAGAUUCUCUCCCUCCCAUUCACCUCCAGCUUCCCACGUGUACUUUUACCUGUCCUUCUUGCAUGGUGGAAACUCCUCCAAAAGCUUUCUGUGAAUGUCAAAGCUUUCUGUGAGUAAAGUUUUAAGAGAAGGUCAUGUAUCCAAAGUAACAUAUGUGUAUUUCUUCCUGGAUGGAGUGUGUCUACAAUUCGUGGGGUGGGAAAGCAUCAUGUAAUCCCAUCAUCCCCCUCAGAACACAAGGGCCACUUCGGGUCCUUGAGGGACUCAACAUGUAAUUGGGUGGAGUUAGGUCAUAGCAGCCAAAUCAUCCUUCCCUGA